AUGACUGCUAUAUCUACGUGUUGUACCGCAAUCAAAUCAACAAUUAUCCAUCACAAGGAUGUAUCUGCACUUCGAACAAUGGCAUCCUUGGAUGAAGAUAUUCUAUACAUACGAGAUCGUCUUCAGCCGGAAGGAUUUGUAGAGCCACACUUGCCGGACGUGUGCCCAGAAAAGGCAUUUAUCUCGGUGCGGAGGGAAAUCAUUGACUGGGUCAAAUCCCAGUCCCGAUCGAAUUUGUUCCUCUUGUAUGGCGCAGCAGGGUCUGGUAAAAGCACCAUCUGUGGGGCGGUUGCAGAAUACUUCCAAUCAUUGCAUCAGCAAGGGGCAUCGAUUUGUUUUAGACAGGGACGAAGAGAGGGUGAACCAGGCAAUGUCAUCAAGAAAAUUACUUUUCAGCUUGCAGCAUUCGAUCUCAAGAUUAGGUCGCUCAUUAUCCAGCAACUGGAGGAGAACGUCCCUAUAACGGAUGCUCUGCUCGAUACACAGUUCGACGAGCUUCUCUUACAUCCUCUGUCGGAAGCACGAGUAGAAGGCCCCGUGGUCGUGAUUCUUGAUGCAUUGGACGCAUAUAGCCCUCCAGAGGAUCAAUGCGCGUUGCUAAACCUCGUUCGCCGCCAAUUUACACAGUUACCAAAGGAGUUCCGCUUCCUAAUCACUGCGCGACGAAACAGUCUUGCCGCGAAAACUCUUUUGGCUCUCCGGGGAUGUGUGAUCAGGAGUAUUUGA